AAUAUUCUUGUGAAGCGGCAAUGGGCUCUGGCGCAAGGGUUUUGUGGCCGGGAGCUAUGGCGGAGGCGCAUUCUUCUUGGGAAUUUCUGAAGCUCUUGCCGGAAAGUCUGAAACGGGACGUAGGAUUUGUGAUUGCUAGCCCGCCACUGCUGCUGGAUUCCGACGAGCUCCCUAUUGCCUCGAUCAGCGGAUUGAUUGGAGAUUGCGCUGCCGGGUGGAUAGAGGAGCUUGAUCCUGGCCAUGCAAGAGACUGGUUUCUAUCGAGAAAAUCCAGCAGCAACACGAGACUUGGUGAUCACUUUGCAAAGUGUGUCGAGUUCGUGCUUCGUUUCGCUCCGUUGGAGGGAAUCGACUCCAUAUUCUACUCCCAGCAAGUUUUGGAGCCCGUCACAGUUGACAAGGAUGAAGAAAUGGUAUCCACACGACUUGAAGGGGUUGAUGGCGAGCAAACUGAGAGCGGUGGUGACAAGUACGAGAGGAGACGAGCAAGAAAACUGUUGCGUAGGCUUCACAGGAAAAGGAUCUCCGUGAACACCGUUGGAGAGUUUGAUUUUCUCUUUCGUCUCAAGCAUCCGCAGCCAUCUACGGUCGUGGAGCACUGGGAAGUCUCCGUGAAGUUUUUGCUCUACGUUGGGCCUUGGGAAGCCUUUGGUCUACAAACUCCAGAAGCCGCCAAGUGGAAGCAAUUCAGGUCAGAACAGCAGAUGGAGGAGAUCUCCACCCACAUCACCGCUUCGAGAAACGAGCGGUUUCUCGGGAAGAAUCGACUCAAGAACCAGCUCACUCUGCCAACGAAAGCUGCGGCUCUGGGGACACUAGAGUCGCUUUUUGGAAGUGGUGAUAUCCGAGUGAGCUCAAGGGCUCUGCUGCACGGCUACCUCUUCUACGAGCCUGCGCUGUGGAAGUUCCUGUGCACAACGAGCAGUGACUUUCGAGGCAGCGCGUAUGGAGACUCGACCGUGAACUCUAGGCACUGGAAAGGCUGGUGGAUGGACGUGGAAGGAUUCCAAACUUUCGCGUCGGCUCCAGAACGCGCGACGAGCAAGUGGUACAUCGUUCCAAAGAUGGAGUGGCUUUCUCCGGUGGUGAUCCAUGAAGACGAGGAGAGGUUUCUAUACGGCGCGCUCAGCAGCGAUGGACUGGUGGAUAUGGCUGCCAAAGUCGCCGAGGAAGCGAGCAGGAUGGACAGGGACAGGAUGAGACGCUUCAUGGUGGCGGAGAUUUGUCGGCAAAGCGAUGAGUGUCACUGGAUUUGGAGUGAGACGAGCAGGGGUUUUAUCGUCGAGGAUUCCUGGCCGGAUACCAAAGCUUACAGUCCUCACGGCUUCGUUAUGUCUUGGGGUCUGUGA